CGACACUCGGCCACGCGCAUCCUCUUCCUUCUGUAUGAUUGCCGUCCAUUCGUGUCCACGGUCUGUCCAGUGAUUGACGCUGGCGUAUUCCCUCAGUUUGUCGCAGGCGAAUACGCCCUCUCGUGGCCCAUGAUGAUGUGAUUUCACUUGUGCUUGAGUCCACGACUAUCAUUACGACAACACGCGCGCGGGCGGCCAUCCCCCUACCCUUUAAAGAUCUUAUUUUGACACUUUAUCCUCCUUAUAUACAAUGCGUUGGGGCAUUUGACACCGGAAUACAGCACGUCGCUUUUUAUUACGAUCCUAGUUUUCUCUCCCUUUUUCUGACUUGGAAAGUCAGUAACCGACGCUGUUUACUACUCUUCGCCUAGCCGUCGAUUGGCCAAGUAGCAUCUUCAACAUGGUUUCAGAAGAGCUUGUCGAGGACUGUCUUCAAGUCCUUCAAGACGAAUCUAUUGAUGAGGAAGACCAAGCCGAGAGAGUAGAGGAGUUCCUGCGCGAGAAGACGACUUUAUCUGGCUCAUUGCUGGAAAACGCCGUACUCGAUGUUCUCUGGCGGCAUAGAAACCGUGUUCUGCCGGACUCCUCUCCCCCUCCUCCUCGACAUACAGUGAUUCGCCGUUCAUCGCCUGCGCCGUGGCAAAUGGCGCGUUCCUCCACCCCCUUAUCUCACCAUUCGAACCUGGGAACCAGUCCCGGAAGUGGCACCUGGCUCCCAAAUUCGCGCGGGGGGUUGAGUCGCGGUCCUUUGUCGUCCACGGUGUCACCUUUCACUUCUCCACGUCCUUCUCCGCGACUUGCCUUUGCACAGCCAAUUCCGCACUCGCCCAGUUUAAACGCAUACGAGUUCUCCGAUCACAGCCAGGCACCAGAUGCCUAUGGAGAUUUUGGCAGCGAUAAUAACGUAGAUUGGCUAGUUGCGGAUGACGCGAACAGUGUUACAUCUUCAACGGGACAUAGUGUCCAUGGUAGUCUCAGUGCCACAGCUCCGGAGUUCGUUCCUGACAUGAGCCCGCAUGACAUUCUACGCACCGUUCUGGGCGAUAAGAGAACCAAUGAAGAAAUUGAGGCUGCACUUGAGGCUAACAGCUAUGACCUUGGCGCAACCAUUGCCUCGCUUUCGCAGGGCCAGGGUACAGAUGGCUCGCAACAGCCCGAUGAUGGUCGCAUCCUCGUCGGGAAGUCAAUGGCUGUGGACCAGCCGCGUUCAGUGACUCCGUCCGGUCCCAGUCGGAGCCCUGUGGUCUGUAAAUAUUGGCUUUCUACGGGACAAUGUCUCCGUGCGGAUUGUCGUUUUAGUCACGAUUUAACAAAUCACCUUUGCAAAUACUGGAUGAUGGGCAACUGCCUUGCGGGUGACGGUUGUCCCUUUUCGCAUGACCCUUCGGCACUCAUCUCCAAUAUCAACAUAAAUGAUGGCGGAGCGCAAAAUACGGCAUCUGCCAGCUUUCAACCAACCUACAUAGAGAACGCAGCAGAAGCAUUCCCCCCGCUGCAGUCGACGACUGGCGCAAACGACCAGUGGACAGCCCAAUACUUUGGCAAGUAUCCUCACUUGAGCGUACAAGGAAACAAAACCUCGCAACAAUUCCAACUGGGGUCUGGCAGACGAAAUGGAGGAAUUCCCCACAUAUCUCGUCCGCAGUCCCGGCAAACCAGUCGACACCAAAACAGGGACCUGAACGCCUCAGCUCUUUCUGUGGACGAUCCCGAUGCAUUCCCUUCCCUCGGUGCCGUAAGUGCGAAGGGCUCGGGGAAGAAGCAACACGGCAAGCGAGCCGCGCACAAUGCCCGUGAUGGCAACUCAAGUAAAAAGAGCCUUCCUACUUCCUUAGCUGAUGUUGUACGCAUGUCUCCAUCUCCGGCAGGCAAUAAAGGAAAGCCUGUAAACAAGGCUAGUAAAGAAGGAGUUAAGAGCCGCGAAAACACUGCAGCCGCCCAGUCCAUUCCGGCGCCGAGGAAUAUCCCUUGGCUUGAAACUGGCUCAAGGGCGAACCAACAGUAUAUCAAGUAUCGCACGGAAGCCAUUCGCCAUGGCACAGUGAGGAAUAAGUUUUUGCAAAGGUAGGGGAUUCCCGUUUGUUUACUGAUCCUAUUUAUCACAGCUGACAAAAGAUUGGGAAGCGCUGCCCAAGCCUGGAAUCGUAACGAUGCCAGGGCCGCAAAGGCACUGUCUCUCCGGGGCCAGGCAGAGAACGAGGCCAUGCGCAAAUGUCAUCGCGAAGCUGCUCGUCAGCUGUACGAAGAACGCAACAAACACCUGACGAACUCUGGACUUGAUGAUCUGUCCGAAGAGCUUUAUGUCGAUUUGCAUGGCCUUCAUCCCGAAGAGGCGAUUGAAUACCUCGAGAAGAUCCUCCUUAAACACGCUCGCGAAGGCCGCCGGGUUGUCUACACCAUCACGGGCACCGGGCACCACUCCAAGAACGGCAAGGAUAAAAUUGGAAAGGCGGUUAAAGCCUGGCUUAACGAGUGGAGGUAUCUUUUCCGAGAGUUCAGCGUCCCUGGGGAAAGAGGGGGCUACGUAGGUGGGAUUCUUGGUAUUGAUCCCACAAGUUAUGAUAAGACACUCGCCAAAGAUCUGGAAGCAAACGGAGACGGGAAUGACGGUGCAGAUACAGGAAAUAGCCAGUCUGUAUUGUCAGUAGGCAAGAUUCAACUGUUGAAACGGGAGGAUCUCGACAAGAGCUAAACCGACAUGUUUGUUCUCUUGGGGAGAAUUCCGUCCACCUGGUUUGCCCAAGCCCAAGACACAAACGCCCUACUAUUUAGUAGGUGCGCCGCUACAGGAGAGUAUUGGAGUUGGAAAGCGUAAGCGGUCCUUUUUUAGGACCAUUGUUAGGGGAAGUAGCAUCGCCUUGAUAUAUAAGCACGAUAU